AUUUUUUUUUUUUUUUUUUUUUUUUUUAAUCCCCGCACCAAGCGCUUAACCUCAUUGGGGUGGAGGAGAAGGCGGCGGCUGUCUGGUCCGCAGCGGCAACAGUAGCGAAUAAUACGGCUAAUGGACUGCUGAAUUAUGAAGAAUUUCAGACCCAAGAGUAGAACCUCGCUCUGCCACUCACUCCUUUAUCUCCUGCUAGUUAUUUAAAUUGGACUUUUAAUAUCCUACCAGCUGCUCUUCAGACACACAUGGUGCAUUGUUGCCAUUCCCCGGAUUGCAUCUUUGAAACACAGGCUCUUAGUAACCCUCAGCGAACAAAGAGGCAACCUCCUGGGUACGUUUACUGGGAGGGUGUCACCCUGACUGCCCUCUAGCUUCUGCUGGAUCUGGAUUUGAAUUCCACCAUGGAGCCUCGCAUGGAGUCCUGCCUGGCACAGGUGUUGCAGAAGGAUGUGGGGAAACGGCUGCAGGUUGGCCAAGAACUUAUAGACUAUUUCUCAGACAAACAGAAGUCUGCUGACCUUGAGCAUGACCAGACCAUGUUAGAUAAACUUGUGGAUGGGCUCGCUACCUCUUGGGUGAACUCUAGCAAUUACAAGGUGGUUCUUCUCGGCAUGGACAUCCUGUCUGCGCUGGUCACCCGGCUGCAGGAUCGGUUCAAGGCGCAGAUUGGCACAGUGUUGCCAAGUUUAAUAGACAGACUGGGAGAUGCUAAAGACUCUGUGCGAGAGCAAGACCAGACUCUGCUGCUGAAGAUCAUGGAUCAAGCUGCUAAUCCCCAGUAUGUGUGGGACCGGAUGCUGGGAGGCUUCAAGCACAAGAAUUUCCGGACUCGGGAAGGCACGUGCCUCUGCCUUGUUGCCACACUCAAUGCCUCUGGAGCACACACUUUAACACUAAGCAAGAUUGUGCCACAUAUAUGUAACUUACUUGGAGACCCCAACAGCCAGGUUCGAGAUGCAGCAAUAAACAGCUUAGUGGAAAUUUACAGACAUGUAGGAGAACGUGUGAGGGCAGAUCUCAGUAAAAAAGGAUUACCACAGUCCCGGUUGAAUGUAAUUUUUACAAAAUUUGAUGAAGUCCAAAAAUCUGGAAACAUGAUCCAAUCAGCAAACGAUAAAAAUUUUGAUGAUGAAGAUUCCGUGGAUGGUAAUAGACCUUCCUCUGCGAGUUCUACAUCAUCCAAAGCUCCACCCAGCUCAAGGAGAAACGUUGGAAUGGGGACCACCCGCCGGCUUGGUUCCUCCUCUCUUGGAUCCAAGUCUUCAGCUGCAAAAGAAGGAGCUGGUGCUGUUGAUGAAGAGGACUUUAUUAAAGCAUUUGAUGACGUACCUGUAGUACAGAUUUAUUCCAGCCGAGACCUGGAGGAGUCCAUAAACAAGAUUAGGGAAAUAUUAUCUGAUGACAAGCAUGAUUGGGAGCAAAGAGUAAAUGCUCUGAAAAAGAUCAGAUCUUUACUUUUGGCUGGUGCCGCCGAGUACGAUAACUUCUUUCAACAUCUGCGUCUUUUGGACGGAGCCUUUAAACUAUCUGCUAAGGACCUGCGGUCUCAGGUAGUGCGGGAAGCUUGCAUCACAUUGGGGCAUCUGUCAUCAGUUCUGGGAAAUAAAUUUGACCAUGGAGCUGAAGCCAUCAUGCCAACUAUCUUUAAUUUAAUUCCAAACAGUGCCAAAAUUAUGGCCACUUCCGGUGUUGUAGCUGUUAGGUUAAUCAUUCGGCACACACACAUCCCUAGGCUAAUACCUGUCAUAACAAGCAACUGUACCUCUAAGUCUGUCGCAGUUAGAAGGCGCUGUUUUGAAUUUUUAGAUUUACUUUUACAAGAAUGGCAGACACAUUCACUGGAACGACACAUAUCAGUAUUAGCCGAAACAAUAAAGAAGGGAAUACACGAUGCCGAUUCCGAAGCAAGGAUAGAAGCCAGAAAGUGCUACUGGGGUUUCCACAGUCACUUCAGCAGAGAAGCAGAGCAUUUGUACCACACCUUGGAGUCCUCCUACCAGAAAGCCCUGCAGUCCCACCUGAAGAACUCGGACAGCAUCGUGUCUCUGCCGCAGUCCGACCGCUCAUCCUCAAGCUCUCAAGAGAGUCUAAAUCGGCCACUCUCUGCCAAAAGAAGUCCUACCGGGAGCACCACCUCUAGAGCUUCUACGGUCAGCACCAAAUCCGUGUCAACGACCGGGUCCCUCCAGCGGUCUCGAAGCGAUAUUGACGUGAACGCAGCAGCCAGUGCCAAGUCCAAGGUCUCAUCGGCCUCGGGUGCUACGCCUUUCAGCUCUGCAGCGGCCUUGCCUCCGGGGUCCUACGCAUCCUUAGAGUCCAGACACAUGAGGGAAGAUAUGGAGUCCGUAGGCCAUGACUCAGACGGUACUUCCACUAAAGCGGAGGGUCGGAUCCGCACGAGACGGCAGAGCUCCGGGAGUGCCACCAGUGUCGCCACCACACCUGAUAAUCGAGGCCGCAGUCGCGCCAAAGUGGUUUCACAGUCCCAGCGAUCCAGAUCUGCUAAUCCUGCUGGUGCUGGCAGCCGGUCAAGUUCCCCGGGAAAAUUGUUGGGAAGUAGUUAUGGUGGCCUUGCCGGGGGUUCCUCAAGAGGCCCGCCUGUGACUCCCUCUUCAGAGAAGCGAAGCAAGAUCCCCAGGAGUCAGGGAUGUAGCCGAGAAACCAGUCCAAACCGGAUAGGAUUAGCACGGAGCAGCCGUAUCCCUCGACCCAGCAUGAGUCAGGGGUGCAGCCGCAAUACCAGCUGUGAGAGCAGCCGCGAUACGAGCCCCGCUCGGGGCUUUCCUCCACUCGCCUCUCGACGUCAUUCCAGGUCCACUAGUGCCCUCUCCACUGCUGAGUCUGUUGGGCAGUCAGACCGGUUUGGGCUUGGCCAGGCAGGAAGAAUACCUGGCUCUGUGAAUGCCAUGCGGGUUUUGAGCACGAGUACGGACCUUGAAGCUGCUGUCGCUGAUGCUUUGCUGUUAGGAGACUCCAGGAGCAAGAAGAAGCCGGUGAGGAGGAGGUAUGAGCCGUACGGGAUGUAUUCUGAUGACGAUGCCAACAGCGAUGCCUCAAGCGUUUGCUCUGAGCGCUCGUACGGCUCCAGGAACGGCGGCAUUCCCCACUAUCUGCGGCAGACCGAGGACGUAGCAGAAGUUCUCAACCACUGUGCCAGUUCCAACUGGUCGGAAAGGAAAGAAGGGCUUCUCGGCCUGCAGAACUUGCUGAAGAGCCAAAGAACACUGAGUCGAGUAGAAUUGAAAAGACUGUGUGAGAUCUUCACUCGAAUGUUUGCUGACCCUCACAGCAAGAUUGCUGAUUCAGAACCAGAAUAUGAGGAUAAAGAAGGAAAUUUGUUUCCAUCAGAAGGCUCUUGUACAAGAGUUUUCAGUAUGUUUUUGGAGACUCUGGUGGAUUUUAUAAUAAUUCAUAAGGACGACUUACAAGACUGGCUUUUUGUUCUUCUCACACAAUUACUUAAGAAAAUGGGGGCAGAUUUACUUGGAUCUGUGCAAGCAAAAGUUCAAAAGGCUCUAGAUGUCACAAGGGACUCCUUUCCAUUUGACCAACAGUUUAACAUUUUGAUGAGAUUUAUUGUGGAUCAAACUCAAACUCCUAACCUCAAGGUCAAAGUUGCAAUCCUGAAGUACAUCGAGUCCCUCGCUAGGCAGAUGGAUCCAACGGAUUUUGUAAACUCUAGUGAGACGAGGCUUGCAGUUUCUAGAAUUAUAACCUGGACGACAGAACCAAAGAGUUCAGACGUGAGAAAGGCAGCACAAAUUGUGCUGAUCUCUCUGUUUGAAUUGAACACUCCCGAAUUUACCAUGUUACUUGGUGCCUUGCCAAAAACCUUCCAGGAUGGUGCCACCAAACUCCUGCAUAACCACCUCAAGAACUCUAGUAACACCAGUGUGGGCUCUCCGAGCAAUACAAUUGGCCGGACUCCCUCCCGACACACCAGCAGCAGGACCAGCCCCCUGACCUCACCCACCAACUGUUCCCACGGGGGCCUGUCUCCCAGUCGGUUAUGGGGUUGGAGUGCCGAUGGGCUAUCGAAGCACCCACCUCCCUUUUCUCAGCCUAACUCCAUUCCCACCGCUCCCUCCCACAAGACUCUCAGGCGCUCUUACUCUCCCAGCAUGCUGGAAUAUGAUACAGAGAACCUGAACUCUGAAGAAAUUUACAGUUCUCUGCGUGGAGUUACAGAAGCCAUUGAAAAGUUUAGUUUUCGAAGCCAAGAGGAUCUGAACGAGCCAAUUAAGCGAGAUGGCAAAAAGGACUGUGACAUUGUGUCCCGCGAUGGUGGAGUUGCGUCGCCUGCCACGGAGGGCCGGGGAGGCAGUGAUGUGGUGGAAGGAGGCAGAACGGCCCUGGACAACAAGACGUCCCUCCUCAACACCCAGCCCCCCCGCGCCUUCCCUGGGCCGCGGGCGCGAGACUACAAUCCCUACCCCUACUCGGACACCAUCAACGCCUAUGACAAGACAGCCCUGAAGGAGGCCGUGUUCGAUGAUGACAUGGAGCAGCUUCGAGAUGUGCCCGUUGACCAUUCUGACUUGGUGGCUGACCUUCUGAAAGAGCUGUCCAACCACAACGAGCGGGUGGAGGAACGGAAAGGCGCCCUGCUGGAGCUGCUCAAAAUCACCCGGGAAGACAGCCUGGGCGUCUGGGAGGAGCACUUCAAGACCAUUCUGCUCCUGCUGCUGGAGACGCUCGGAGACAAAGACCAUUCCAUCCGAGCACUAGCAUUGAGGGUUCUACGGGAAAUUCUGAGAAACCAGCCCGCAAGAUUUAAGAACUAUGCCGAGCUGACGAUUAUGAAGACUCUGGAAGCCCACAAAGACUCCCAUAAGGAGGUGGUGAGAGCAGCCGAGGAGGCGGCAUCCACGCUGGCCAGCUCCAUCCACCCGGAGCAGUGUAUCAAAGUCCUCUGCCCCAUCAUCCAGACGGCCGACUACCCCAUCAACCUCGCUGCCAUCAAGAUGCAGACCAAAGUCGUCGAGAGGAUCGCCAAGGAGUCCUUGCUGCAGCUCCUCGCCGACAUCAUCCCGGGCUUGCUGCAGGGUUAUGACAACACCGAAAGCAGUGUGCGUAAGGCCAGCGUGUUUUGCUUAGUGGCGAUUUAUUCCGUAAUCGGAGAAGAGCUGAAACCUCACCUCGCACAGCUCACGGGGAGCAAGAUGAAGCUACUCAACUUAUACAUAAAGAGGGCCCAAACCACAAACAGCAACAGCAGCUCCUCCUCCGACGUGUCCACACACAGCUAAUGGCAGCUCCAGAGUCUCUUUCUGUCGCCCUAGAAGCAAUCGGUGGUGCCUCUCAGAGACCUUCCCCGCCCCCCCCCACCCCCCCAUCGGCUGCCCAGUCAGUACACGGAGGCCCGCAGAUAUUUAUUACAAUCAGUAUUUUGGUCCCUUCCAGCUUUUGUGUAGAAUCUUACUGGUAUUGAAUGUAAAGGAAGCAAGGCCUGUUUUGCAGUCUUCGUACAAAACAAGCGGAAUAAGAAAAGAGCCAUACUUACCCAUGUCUUGUACAGCCUGCUGAGAUCAUAAAACCAUGUGUGUGGGGUGCAGUUUUCGCAAAUCAGAUCUCUCUAGCCAAUACGUGGUAGAAAGUAGCAUUUUCUCUUAGUUCAUAACAUUGAGGAGGGUGUGUUAAUUUGUGUUUCUAUCUCAUCUUCGCUUACUUCUUCUGGACACGGCCUGUGACACCAGGAAAGGGUCGUACGUCCUUCAGUUGGAUUGUGAGACCUACUAAGAACGUGAGUCAAAUCCCGGCAAGAAACAAACAGAAGCCUGAAGACCGUCUUUUAACAAACACGUGGGAUUUUGCUUGUACACUUUCUGGACUGGAGGCCCAGGGCCCCCUCCUCAGGCCCCUUCCAGGACGGGCUCCCAGCGCCUCUGAACCCUCCACUCGCACUAUCCCCACCCAGAGCUUCUACUCGAAAGAAUUGUUUCUUCCGUUUAAAUCCAAACAGAAAAGUCCAGGUAAAUGUAUAGCAUCCCUUAGGGGGAGUGCCUAAAGUGGCAUUUCGUGAAGCCUGGAAGAUACAAGAGAAGGGGUGUGUGUGUUUAUUUCACUACGCAGAUGUUGGGGAAACACUAUGUUAACAGGGCCUCCCCUGUGGCCCUGCUGCUUGGUCAGGGUUUUCCGAUUCAGCACCGUCUCCUCUCCUGUCCCCCAGCCUCCACCUCAGCUGCUCAGUUCGAAGUGUUCUGGCCAGUCUGAUGAAUGAUAACUCUGCCACCCCAGUUUUGACUUCUUGGUUUCAUUUGGGAUUAGGAUCGAAGGAAAAUCUAGAGAGACCAGGUAUCAGAAUCCUUUUUUUUAAUUUUAUGGACGGAAGUACUUCCUUGAUCAUCUGUUGAAAUAGUUGUUUGAGGAAAAAGCAAUGGUGAGUGGCACAUUGCAGGAAAACAAGAUUUGAAACCCAGUUUUAACGUUUCUUCACUGAGAAAUUACCAGAGAAACUACCCUUCCUAAACAUUUUUCUUAAGGGUUUCACUCUCCAAUAAAAGGGACUAUAAAGAUUAGAGUCUGGUUAAAAUAAGUUUUGAGUAAAAUUCUUCAAGUGAAAUGGAAACUCUUGUUGCAGUCGUGAAGCUUUCUAUCCUCUCUAAAUUGAACUGGGUUUUCCCUGAGGAAAAUGCCUGUUCUGGUGUUACUUUGUAAUGAGGUGUUUGCUGUUCUGAUGCAGAACCCCCCUUGCAGCCAGAAGCACCCAGAAGCAGAGACUGGGCGGUGGUCCCGCUGACACCUACAGACCGCCCCCCAAUCUCUGACCCUCCCGCCUCGUUUGGAAGUUGCAACGCUGUAGCACACACAACUCAUUUUCACUCAGAAGGUAUUUUUAGAUACUUUAUUUGGAACUAGGCACUGAAAACAAAGGUCCAGGAACAGUGAAGCCAGGGUGCCUUCACUGAGAGAGAGAGUGAGAGAGAGAGAGAGUGUGUGUGUGUGUGUGUGUGUGUGUGUGUGCGCGAGUGUGUGUGUGUGUGGGGGGGUAUCUUGCACUUGGAGGGAAGUACCCCGCUGCUGCUGUUGAAGGAACUUCAGGGGUGCAUUUUAAGUGGUUGAAUAUUAUUGACUUAUUUUUGGCUCAAAACAUAGCAGGACCAGGCCUUACUUUCAUUGAUAAAUGACGUUUGUUAAUAUCUCACUAAUGGGAUUUCCUUUUUACACUCGACAAGUGAGUCAGGGCACCUUUUGAUUACUCCUCUGUUGUAGAAAUGUGCGUUCUGCUAGGUUAUUUAUGAGUUCUUGUAUGCCUCAUGCGUUUGGAAAGACCUUGCCCCUUGAACUCUGUGACUCCCUGCCUCCUCCCCCCCCCCCCCCUGCAGCUGGGAAGAAGCUUGAACAUUGCCGAAUGUCCUCAUUGUACUCACAAAGGGCUAGCCUCGAAUGUCACUUCCCCGACCUUCAAUCUCCCCACCUAGAGAGGGAUACAAUCACAGGUCUCUUGGCCUCAAUCAGAACUGCUGCCCACGCCGGCACCGCCACCGGGGAGACUCGCAUGCCGCCGCCACCACCUCACCGGGAGGGAGCCGCGCCCGCCGCCGCCCCCCGAGCCCCGACAGCUGCCUCGCCUUGCCGCCGCCUCCCUGCAGGGCUCCUGUUUGGACGAAACACCCAAAACUGCGAAACCGUGUUUGCCUCCCCUGUUUACCCGACAGUCCGGGGGGCCCCCGAAGAGCCCCGCCCCGUGCCCUCCCUCUGCAGGCCUCGGUGCGCCCCGCAGGCUGCGGUGGGCGCGGGCACGCAGCUUUGUUCAAGUUCGAGUCCACUGUGUGUGCUUCCGCGCGGGCCGCAGGCAGCCCAGGACGGCCUCUCUGUGGCUCCUCACUGGCUUGUCCUACCCUGCGCAGGUAAUGCAACCAAUUUUGGUCUCAUCAGUCUGGUUUUUUUCCCCUGCCGCCCUUUAUUUAUCGAGCAUAAUACUACACGUGAAAGAACAGCAAAUAAGAACUUUGUAGAAUCCCACCAGGACUUUGCUAACAAUGAUAUUUGGAAAAUAGAAAAAAAAAAAAAAAAAACCGCUCUGAAAACUAGCAGCCACCAAAAUAGUUUUG